AUGCAAGACAAUGCGCCAAUUCACAAAGCUAAAAAGGUCACGGAGUGGCUUAGAGAUCAUGGAAUAGUGUUGAUGGGAUGGCCGCCAUUUUCACCAGAUCUGAAUCCGAUUGAGAACCUCUGGUUUGAGCUCAAAUGUCUCGUCAACGCAAUCGAUCUAGAACUUCAAAACACUAAAGGAGACUCUCAAGAGGUACUGGAUCGAUUUGCAAAGGCUAUUACAAAGGCCUGGGCUAGUAUCGAUAGGAAAAAGAUCAAGAAUGCCGUGAAGAGUAUGGACGAGAGGGUCAACGCUGUUAUUGAGGCCAAAGGCUGGUAUACGCGAUUUUGA